AUGGAUUGCUUCAUUCUUCCAUCCCCAGCACCACUGUUUGCCCAAGCCGCCCCUGCGGAGCAUGGAGAUGAUGGGCCAGGGCCAGAUGAGCUGGUUGUGGAAGGGAGAUUGGUGCCCCAAUCUGAAACUGGCCUUGUCCCUGCUGCCCAAGCUGCCCAAACUGCUGCUGUCCAGCGCCAGCGAAUGGAUAUCGCAGAGAGCGUGAGGCAAGCUGUUGGCAGCACCUUUGGCUUGCGAAUGGAAGGUCUGCUGCUGGGCCAGGAAGAAAUUAAGCACCAUGCCGUGGCUCGCACCCAUGCCCCUGCAAUUUUCAAUGAAGUCUACGACACGUCCAAAGAUUUCUCAUGUGCAAUGUUCGGAUUUAACCCUAUGGUGUUGAGUUUCUUCCCUGGUGCUGACAAGAGCAAUAUGUCCAUGUCCGUCGGCUUGACCCUGCAGCCCAGCGAAGCCAACAUUGUGGAGGAAGCCCGCGAUUUGCUGCAGCUGAUUCCUCCGCACAAUAGCAUUCCAAAGAAGUUCUCUGUGUUGGCUGCCAUUGUGCGUGAGCUCCUCCAGCAGUUCUCAGAGGCAGGUCCCUACGGCAGUGGAGCGCUUCUGUGCAACAUCUUCAUCUUACCCUUCUCUAUGAACGGUGCUGCCAGGGGAUACCCGCUCCUUGAGCCAGAGGAGAACCUUGCAUGGGCUGGCUGGGCGCUUCCCAUUGGCACUGGGGGCAAUUUGAUGCCGCUGCUGCUCUAUGCCAAUGACGUUCUCAGCAUGGCGAACAAGUUCCUGGACCUUGCCCAACUGCGCACCAGCGGCACCGAGCUACGCAAUUUCGACGCCAUGGCAGGGAACCUGCGCCUCAAGUCUUUGGAGGAAUCCAACAAGGACACUGUCAAUGCCUCCUUCUUUGGCGUUCAUUUUGGCCACAAGAUUGAAGAGCAAGAGUGUGGAGGUGUGAGGUAUGCCCUCAAGUCCAAGCAGUACCUCAACAAUGAAGACUAUGCCUUGGUCCACAAUCUCCAGCCUGGCAAUGCGCAAUUUUUUGACUUUGGCGAGAUGCCAGGGCCAACUACCCAGUCCAUUUGGGUGUCUGCUGAAGGAUUUUUUUAUAUCCUCAGCUUCCGGCCAGCUGACGUGCAGCAGAAGAAGUUCGACAGCCCCUGCUGGGUACUACAGGCUGAGUGCCUGAAAGGGGAUUUCGACGAUCAGCGAUGGGUCUACAGACCAGGCACCCGCGGCCCCUGCAGCAUCCUCUGGACCGGCCAGACUGAGGAGAGAGCCCUGGUUGCCAAGAAGGGCAGCAGCACCUGCGUUCUUGCAAUGCGCCUUCAGCGACAUUUGGAUGCGAAAGGCAAGCCGUUCACUGUCACCAUCGCCAAAUGCUCUGAAGCUCCCUCAGGCUUGCUCAGCGGCAUCCAGCAGCCGAACGUGCAGACCGACAAAUAUUGCCGCGUGACUUUGAAGAACACCGGUGACAUGGAGCUGGCCAAGUUUGCUCAUCAGACGCGUCAAGUUUUCCAACCUGCAGCAGCAAGCAAAGGCAAAGGCAAAGGUUUCGAAGUUGCUCCUAGGAAAGGUGGCCAAGGAUGGCAGCAGAAUCCGCAGCCACAGGCGUUUCCGCCGCUGCUGUUUCCGCCCUUUCAGCAGUUCCCACAGUUCCAGCCUGCCCAAGCUGCCCCUGCUCCCAAGGCCAUGCCGAAUCCUUCGGCCGGUGUGUUUCCGGCAGAUGAGGAGGACGAUGAGUGGCAAGGCUGGCGCUGGCCUGCAAGUAAGGGUGCGGCUGCAGCAGGCGCAGCUUCUGUGCAACUCUCCCAGGGAGUUUGGCUGCAAUUCUUUCGGCAUAUCUUUUCGGUUAAAGUUGGCAUAGGUCACCGGGCGUUGCUGAAUUUCUUCAAAGCUGCAUUUGGCCGGACCCAGAGUGAGCUCACCUUAGAGGGCUUUCUUCGAGGUGCAUCCAGCAGCUUGACUCAGAUGAUUAAGAUCAUGCAUUGGGUGGUGAAAUGCAGGAGGAAGAAGAUUUUGCUGCGUGCAGAAAGCAUUUCAGUUUCUAUCGAUGACAGGGCCGAUUUUCGCAUCAUACGCUACCGUUGUAGUUUCCGUUCCUUAGCGGAAUGGACGGAAGCCACAGGCGCCUCAGCAGCCCCAGCUUUGCGUUUGUCAAAAGACAGCAAUCUUGAAGACUGGGCUUCAAUGGAGCCUUUAGUUGCCAAUGGCUUGGUUGGGGUGAUCCGCAAUGGUCAAAAUGUGCCUGAAAACACCAUUGCAGAGCAUGACCGUGACAAGAGCGAGAAGAUGGCUGAAAGUGUGCUUGCUGCGUUGAAGGAUGUUUGCAAGGACAUGGAUGGAAAUGUGGAUGAAGAUGCAUAUCAACAAAUGUGCACCAAGGUUCGCCACUAUGCGUCAGAUCAAGGUGCUUCAGCAGCCAAGUGUGGCCAGCUCUUGUCACAGUUGCCCCAGCUGCCCAAACUGAUAUGGCUGAGCGCAGAUAUGGCGCACCAGGUUCGUAUUGCUAGCAAAGACCCCUUGCAUGCGCAAGAGCCUUUUCAACGUCAAUGGGAAAGGCUUUUCUCAGCUAGACAUGCUCUGGUGCCAGACAUUCAGUAUUCUGAGGUUUGGCGCUCCCGACUCAUAGCAGCCCAGGCAGAAGUGUUGAAAUCUUGCAGAACGCAGGGAGCAGACAUCAACAAGAUCCUCCAUACCUUCUCUUUUGCCAAGCCACGAUUUGACUCCACAGCCACGCCCAUGCUGAAAUAUUGUUGCAUGAUCCGCGCAAUCGCUUUGGUCUGUGCAAUGCAAGCAGCAGAUGAGCGGGGAGCUCGAGAUGUCCGAGCAAGGGCACAGGCAGCUUUGGAGGACAUGACUCCUGCUAGCCUUUUCCGGUGUGGUUUGACGUGCGACUACACCAUGGAAUGCUUGACGUUCUUGCGAGACUGCUUCGACAUUGAUGACCCAGAUCCGGCCAUGACAAAGCAGUCUGUUCUUGCUUUUUGCGCCAGGAUGAAGACGUUAUUUAUUGAUGGAUUCAUUUUGGGAGAUGCGUCCAAAGUUGCUGCUUCCCAAGCUGCCCCUGCAACACCACCUGCCUCUGCAACACCAGCUGCCGCUGAUGUAGCUUCAAUGACUGCGACACAAAUGGUUUUUGAGCAAGUGGACUUCCCUGAGCCGAGCCUUGGCUUGAAAAUUGAAAGCUUAUCCUUAAGGAUCUACUAUGGGAACAAAAUUCAUUAUCUUUGCACAAAGGCAGGCGUGCAGGACAUACGCAACAUCAUGGCUGAGAUGAGCGAAGUCGUUUCUGCAAUGACCGAUAGAGUCACAGUGGAUUUGGCAGGCGAUGACAUUGCCCAGUGCAUGCAAAUCUUCAAUGUGCAUUCUUGGGGUGAUCGAAAGCAGCAGCGCAUGCUUGAGCCUCUUGUUAAAACUUUGAGCAAAGCGCUCAAGUUGGAUGCAAGGGUGCACCCCGACUUUGUGACAGCUGCGAAAGGUCUUCUGAAGGUAGUGCAAGCUGCUGAUGCCAACAGGCUCCAGAUUUCCAAUCGGCUGGCUUGGAGCUGGGUGUUGUGCGAAGAAUGGCGCGCCCAUCACAUGCCAAGUUUUCACCGGCUUCGGCGCCCUGCAGAUUUGGUGACGCUGAUUUCUUUUUAUUUAGCUGUGAAGGUGAAUACCACCACCCUUGAGAGGAACUUGGGCCAGUUGUGCGAGCAAAUUCGAAAUCACUCCGGGCCAAUUUCUGCUGACGGCCAUGUUCUUGCAGCAGUCCUUGGGGUGGCUUUGGACGGCCCCAAAAAAGAGAGUGAGUUGUAUGAAGCUGCACGUGCUGCCCACAGCUCUGAGGUUCAGCUUUUGCCCACAGAGUUCAGUAAAGCAUGUGCCAAGCUGUGGCUCUCCACCCAUGGGAGGCGUUUCCAGUAUAAGUAUUCCAAGGCUGCCAAGAAAAACAACACGGCAGGUAAGCCCACAGGCAUACCACGCAAAGGCACUUUUGCAUUUGUGAAGCACCAACGGAAAAUAGCAUCAAAGACGUUGUGCCAAGCUGCUCAUGCUGCCCAGUCAACUUCAGCUGCUGCAUCUGGCCAAGCUGCAGUUGCGUCUUUUGUGGAUGGCUUGGAAUUACCUUUGUUGCCUGCAAAUGCCUCAAAUGCUUCCUCUGCAGCUUUGCAAGGCACCCGUUGGAGCAGUUCAGCGACUUCAUCACUUCCAAGCACCUCAAAGCAGAAGAAGCAUCCUGCACAGCUGUUUCAAGAGCACACGGCUCGAAAGCAGGACAUGAAACUGUUUCUGCACGAAGGCAGGAUUGUGCCUCUAUUCCGGCUUCUGUGCAAAGAUGCCCCAUCCUUGAAGUGCCCACAUGGCUGCACCAUGCUAUCGCCUAUGGCUGCCUCGGAAGCUGACCUGUUCAUUGUUGAGGAGUUUUCGGACAUGGACCUGCAGCAGACCCUGGAAAAACAAUUUGCCGCCGACUCAGUAAGGCAGAUGAUUCUUGCUAACACGCCUCCAGAUGUUGCCUUGCUGGAGGAUGUCACGCGCACUGAUGAUGAAGUUCCUUCGAUUGACUUGUACAUCUCUGGCUUUUCCUGUAAGCCAUUUUCAAUGCUACAUGGUGGCACCAAGCUGCUUCAGGAGCCUGAAGCAAAAAUAUUCUUUGCUGUGCUAAAUCGCAUUCAGCAGCUCCAGCCGCCCGCUUUUGUGCUAGAGAAUGUCCAGGGAAUAUCGAGAUGCAUGAGUGAGGUGCUGUCAUUGCUGCAAAAGGCUGGCUACAUUGUGGCUGUGGAGUCUUUGAACCCUGUUGAGUUGGGGGAGCCAGUCAACCGACCACGGUACUACUUUGUCGGUGUCCGUGCAGAUGUUGCGCUUCUUGGUCAAGAUGAGGCUCAAGAUAUGUAUCGAAGGGUGUGGUCUAACCUGAAGCAGAAGCGGUCCAGUCAUGCCAGACGCACCAGCUGCACCAGCGGCACAUCUGGCUUGGCUCCGUUGUUCAAUCGAAUCCUACCAGGUGACCAUGACUUGGUGCUCGCUCACAAGGCCACUUGCCUUGAAAAGUGGCAGCAUGCUCAGAAGCAAGGUUUCCCUGACAAAUCCACUCGUACAAAAUGGCAGCAAGCGCGUGCAGACUGGGCCGCAGGACGUGAAUUCAAGCUGGCUGAAGGCAACCCUCAGCUGGCACAACUGACUCCUGACCGGCUCCUAUUGCAUUUGCCUCGGGAGCGUGAUGGCUGGUGGAAAUUGAUCCGCACCACAACAGAUCCUGCAAAGGUUGUAGCUGACAUCUCCCAGAGCUUGGGCAGGAUGCCUUGUCGCACUGAUGGGGCUUUGCCAACUAUCACCCCUGGAGGUCACAUUGUCCUUGCAGGAGCUGCCCGAUGUCUCAUUCCAGCUGAAAAACUGCUGUUGCACUGUUUGCCUCUUCAUCGUAUGGUGAUACCAGAAGGUGUAUCGGACAGUGACCUGGAGUGCAUGGGAGGCAACAUGAUGCAUCUACAGACAGUUGGUCUUGCCAUGCUCUUGGCUCUUUCUUUGGUUGAUUGGCAUAACCCAGCAGCCCGAGCAGCACCAGCCAAACCAGCAGCCAUUGCUGUCUCAGCAGAAGCUGCCAUGGGAGUUGCACAGAGAAAGCCAAAGGCUGCAACAAAGUGGGAGAAGAAGUUGGAAAUGCAACUUAAGGCUGCUGCACUGUUGGUCUGCUUUGCAAAGGGCUCAUGCAUAGGGCGGAGAGUAGAUGUGGCAGAAACACCACGCGGCGCAUGGAAUUUGAGCAAGUUCCAGUGGUUCAAGCCAGCGAUGAAGACCAAGAGCUUGCAGAUUCAUUUGCUUGGCGAUAUAGCUAGGCAGCUUGUCAUCUCAGUUUGA